CUAAAUAUCCAUCAUGAUUCUAAAAAUAUCCACAACUAUUCUCAUGUUCAUAGUAGCUAUAUACAUCCACUAUAUUUUCAAAAACAUGCCAAAAAGUAAGGUUCUCAGUGGGCAAAUUGAUGAUGUAUGUACAACUGCUGAAGAACUACAUUCUAUAAAUUCUAAAAUCCACUCCGAUCUCAACAAGUUGAGGGAAUCUGUAUUUUUCAGAAUUUUCAAGGUAAAUCUUGAAAAAGAAUGAAAGUUCUGGAAAACAGAAGGCGUUUGUAUCUCUAACAAAUGAAUGGUAGAUGAAUGUGAUGAUACUGAGGUCCCUAGCCAGUUCAAGAUGUGUAAUCAGACAUUCGAUGUAGAAAGAAACCUUCAGAAUUCUGAAAUGUCAAUGAUAAAUUCAUUCCUACCCAAUACUCAUGUCGAUGAAUGGAUGGAGAUAGAGGAGAAUGAUGAGCAAGCAUUAUUCGUAAAUCUCAUGAAAAAUAGCCACUCAUGGACCUUCUUUAAUGGAAGUCAUCUCUGGAAGGCAAUAUACCAAGAAAACUGAAUGGCCUUGUUUGAUCAUGACAAAUGACAAGAAAGUCAUGUACUUUAUAAAUUGAUAAGUGGAGUGCAAGCAAAUGUAGAUUUUCAUAUUACUCAUCAUGACUACGAUUUACAUGGAGAGCCUCUUCCUCCAAAUCAUGAAAAGUACUUGAAGAGGGUUGGUUUUCACAAGGAUCGUCUCGAAAAUUUUGUUUUUACUUAUUCUUUGACUCUAAAAGCUAUUGAAAAAUUAGGGGAGAAAAUUGAUGAAUUCUCAUAUCUUUCUGAGAACCCUCAAGUUGAUAAUGAUGUUAAAGAAACUAUGAAGAAUCUAAUUCAAGAUUCUAUUAACAUCUGAGAGAAUCCUUUUAAAGAAGACAACUUGCUAACUCAGUGGACUAAAGAGCAGUUCAUAAGCACUAUCAAGCCUGUGUUCUACAAUAUCACCAAGAUCAUUGAUUGUAUUCCUUGCGAGAAGUGUAAGCUCUAUGGAAAGCUUCAGUUCACUGGCCUCACUGCUGUCAUGAAGAUUAUGUUUGGGCAAGGGCAAGAGAGCAGACUUACCAGGAACGAAAUGGUUGGACUCAUAAACUUAAUGGCGAAGCUAGCAGACUCCAUGGAUUGGUAUCAUCAAUGGAUCGAAUAUGAAAAUUCAUACGAAUACAAAUUGAUACAGAUUGCUUUCUGCAAUCCCCUCCUACUAAUGCUUAUUUUUGCUUUGAUAUUUUUAAGCUCUCUAAAAUCAUUUAACCCCGACCAACCACCCAAAAAAUCAGGAAUCCCACCAAACAAACUAAAAACCUCCUAACCCCAAUAAAAUUCAUU